CUCAGGCACUCACUGCCUGGCUAACGUCAUUUCCAUUGAUUAGCUGAAAUAUCAGACCAACAACUGACGUGUCAGCUAAGUGAAUCAGAAAUCCUCAUGUAAACAUUGGACUAACUCGUAUCCCCCUAUCAAGAUAAGACCCCCCUCAUGUUUGACGGAGUAUCUCCGCAGGAUUACGAGAUAAAAUGCUCAAUCGAGAUCUGAAAAGACCUUACCUUGCUUUACCAAAGCUCCUGCAGGAUAUCGAUGCAGCCUGGAAACCUGCAGGAGACCAAAUGUCGGUGGGAACUGCCACCUGUGCCAUACAAUUAACACGAUAGCAUGAUCCUACUAUCACCUCGUUCUGAAAUCGAGAGUCAAGAUUCAAGUCAACAUGGCGGAUACACCGACCGAGUACACCUCUCUGCUACCAAAACACACUGUCGAAGAUGGCAGCGAUAGUACCUGCGACGACGAAGACGCAGUCUGCGAGGAAAGCUCGGAGCUCCAGUCCACCGCACGGCUGAUAAUGAGCGAGAUGUGGGCGUUGCUCAAGGGAUCGAUCCCAGUGAUUCUCGCCUACACGCUACAGAAUAGCCUGCAAACGCUGUCGGUGAUGAUAGUCGGGCGCUCCUCGCCAGAGACACUGGCCACGGCGGCCUUUUCGUUUGGGUUCGCCAUGUCCACCGCAUGGCUGGUCGCCCUGGGGGGCUCGACGGCGCUCGACACCCUGGCCUCGUCCUCGUUCACGGGCAGCACGAACAAACAUGAUCUGGGCGUGCUGCUGCAGCGUGGGUUCGUCAUUCUCACUCUGUUCUACAUCCCCGUCGCCGUCCUCUGGGCCUUCUCGGAACCCGUCUUUCUUCUUCUCGGCCAGGAUGCGGAUCUGUCGAGGGACACGGCACGAUUCCUGACCUGCCUGAUCCCGGGAGGACUGGGGUACAUUUACUUUGAAGCCAUGAAGAAAUAUCUGCAGGCCCAAGAAAUCAUGCGCCCCGGAACUUAUGUCCUUCUCAUCACCUCCCCCAUCAACGCAGGCCUGAACUACCUAUUUUGCUACCCGCUGGGGAUGGGCCUCCUGGGGGCCCCGCUAGCGACCAGCAUCUCAUACUGGCUAUCCUUCGGCCUGCUGGUGCUGUACGCACGCUUCGUGGCGGGCUCCGAAUGCUGGGGCGGGUGGUCGCGCGCGGCGUUCCACAACCUGGGCGUGUUUGCGCGCCUCGCCUUCCUGGGCAUCGUCCACAUCGGAACCGAAUGGUGGGCGUUUGAGAUCGUCGCCCUCGCCGCCGGCCGACUAGGCACCAUCCCGCUCGCGGCGCAGAGCGUCAUCAUGACCGCCGACCAGGUCCUCAACACCAUCCCCUUUGGUGUCGGGGUCGCCGCCUCGGCGCGCGUGGGCAACCUGCUAGGCGCCCGCAACGCGCGCGGUGCCGCCCUCGCCGCCCACUCGGCCGCCUGGCUCAGCAUGCUCCUGGGGACGUUUGUCCUGGCCGGCCUGCUGCUCUCGCGCCAUCACUUUGCCCGCAUCUUCAACGACGACCAGCGCGUCGUCCACCUCACCGCUUCCAUCUUGCCCUAUGUCGCCCUCUUCCAGAUCGCUGACGGUCUCAACGGCAGCUGCGGCGGUUCCCUGCGCGGAAUGGGGCGCCAGCACGUCGGCGCCGCAGUCAACUUCCUCAGCUACUACUGUGGCGCCCUGCCGCUGGGCAUCUGGCUUGCCUUUCAUGGCUGGGGGCUCCAGGGGCUUUGGGUCGGCCAGUGCGUCGCCCUGUACCUGGUUGGCCUGUUGGAAUGGGCGAUCGUCGCCAUGAGCGAUUGGAGGGGGGAGGUCGACAGGGCGUUUCAACGUAUGGAAUAA